AUGUUGGAAGGCAUUAGGGGAUAUAUGAUGGACAGAGUAUUGAUCAAGUACAGGAUGUUGCGCGAGAACGCUGAUGUAUUGUGUCCGAGAAUCAGGAAACGUGUGGAGAAAGAGAAGGAAUUUGCCAGGUUAUGUGUUGCCAGACAGACCAUGUUUGCUAAGUGUGAAGUCAAAAUGGGAGCUGAAGGGUACAUUGUUGAUCUUCUGGGAUGCACCUGCACUUGUGGUUAUUGGGCGCUAAGUGGUUUACCUUGCUUCCAUGCCAUUUCUGCCAUCACACAUUGUAGGCUAGAAGUGGAGGAUUACGUCCACCCCUUUUACCACAGCAGUACGGUAACCAAAGCAUAUAAGCAUGGAAUACCUUGUUGGGACGGCAGACAAGCGUGGCCCGAGGCUUCAGGCUAUCCUGUUCACCCUCCUAAGAGCAGAUCAAUGCCUGGUCGGCCAAAGAAGAACAGAAGGAAGGCAGCAAUUGAGUUUGAAACAAGAGCCACAGGAAAUGGACAAGAAUUGACUAAGAAAGGUACCAUAAUCCAUUGCGGCAAAUGUGGUGGGGAGGGCCACAAUGCAAGGUCGUUCAAAGAACCCGUUGCUGCCCGACAAGUGGCGAGAGAGCCCGUUGCUCACCGACAAGUGGUGAGAGAGCCGGCAGCUGCACAACCAAUGAUCAAUACAAGAUCUAGAGGAAAACGAGCUGCACCACAAGAUGCUGGCAACGCUCAAGGGCAGAAGAGAGGAUCUCAUUGUUCAAAAUGUGGCUCACCUACCCACAAUGCGAGGACUUGUCCUCUAAACAGAGCAAAUGGGAUACAGGAUGUGAGACUGAAUGUUGCUGAUAGAAGGACAAUAGAAAGGGAGUUGCGUGUUGCAACAACUGGGGUGGGUGUUUACGUGGAUGAGAGAACCGACAACCAGUAUGUACGGCUUAAUGGAGCACGUGGUAGAGCUUUUGAUUCGGGUCCAUCUCAACAACCUAGAGCUGUCGAAGCAAAUAUGGUGGAGCUGGGAGGAAGUCAGCCCCCACCAUCUCAGCCUUAG